AUGCAGACCUCGAAGGUCAAAUCCAAUAACUUCCUCUGUGCUCCCCGCACAUCGUUCAACUACACCGUGGAGGAGGCCGCACACCAUGCACAGCAUGCAAAUGAAGACGCGCUCGCCAUGAAGAAAGCUCUCGCAAAGGACCAUUCGAUGACGGCCCAAGAGGCCCGAUUCUUUUCGAUGUUGUCAACUCCUUUGACGUUCCUGACCAGCACUUUUGCCAUUACCGCGGCCUAUUUGGAGGUGCAGAAUGGUUGGAUGUUGGCGCAGAAAGCCAAGAUGCUCAAAGAAGACAUCGCCCACGGAGCUCCGCGCGAGCACUGA